CCACAGUCCCAAUGGCGCUGUAGAACUCUCUAUCUUGCCCCUCUCCCUUUAUUCAACAAGCUCAGCACAAUGGAAGCCUCCUCCUCUCUCCCCAUCUGGCUUCUCCUCUGUCUCUGCUUGUCUUGCCAUUCUUGGUGGGUCGCAGGUGAUGAUCCUUACAGGUUCUUCACUUGGAGUGUCACCUAUGGCGACAUCUAUCCCCUUGGAGUCAAGCAACAGGGGAUACUGAUCGAUGGGCAGUUCCCAGGGCCACAGAUCGAGGCAGUGACCAACGACAACCUUAUCGUAAAUGUCUUCAAUAACUUGACCGAACCCUUCCUCAUCUCCUGGAACGGGAUACAACAAAGGAAGAACUCAUGGGAAGAUGGAGUUUAUGGUACAAACUGCCCAAUCCUUCCUGGACAGAACUAUACAUAUGUGAUGCAAGUAAAGGAUCAGAUUGGAAGCUACUUUUACUUCCCCACUCUUGACUUCCACAAGGCUGCUGGAGGCUUUGGUGGCAUCAGAGUACUGAGUCGUCCACUAAUCCCUGUGCCGUAUCCUCCACCAGCCGGGGAUUUCACUUUACUCACCGGCGAUUGGUUCAAGACCAAUCACACUGACUUGAAAGCUAUAGUAGACAGUGGGAAUGAUCUUCCUUUCCCUGAUGGGCUGCUCAUCAAUGGCCAAGGUGCAAAUGGUUAUGCAUUCACAGUUGAUCAAGGCAAAACUUACAGGUUCAGAAUCUCUAAUGUCGGGUUGUUGACAUCAGUCAACAUAAGAUUUCAGGGACACACAAUGAAACUGGUUGAGAUUGAAGGCUCGCAUACAGUCCAAAACACUUAUUCAUCUCUCGACAUUCAUCUUGGCCAGUCUUGCUCGGUUCUUGUCACAGCCGACCAACCUGCACAGGACUACUUCAUUGUGGUAUCGACCCGAUUCACAGACCCAAUCCUUACGACCACCGCCGUUCUCCACUAUAGCAACUCGAUCGAAGUCCCUGCCACACUGUUGCCAGGAGGGCCUACGGUGGAGGUUGACUGGUCUCUCAACCAAGCCAGAUCAUUUCGAUUAAAUCUGACAGCAAGUGGGCCAAGGCCUAAUCCACAAGGAUCAUACCACUAUGGACAGGUGAACGUCACCAGAACCAUUAGGCUUGCAAACUCUGCACCUAUCAUCAAUGGCAAGCAAAGAUAUGCCGUCAACAGUGUCUCCUUCGUUUCAGCUGAUACUCCUCUGAAGAUUGCCGACUUCUACAAUAUCUCUGGAGUUUUCACGCUUGGAAGUAUACCUGAUAAUCCAACCUACGCUGGUGGCUAUCUCCAGACUUCAGUCAUGGCAGCCAACUUCAGAGACUAUGUGGAAAUCAUCUUUGAGAACGACGAAGAUUUGGUGCAGUCUUGGCACAUUGAUGGGAAUUCCUUCUUUGUUGUUGGAAUGGAUGGAGGGCAAUGGAUAUCAGCAAGCAGGGACUCUUACAACUUACAUGACACUGUAUCGCGUUGCACGGUGCAGGUGUAUCCGAGAUCAUGGACUGCAAUAUACAUGCCUUUGGACAAUGUAGGCAUGUGGAAUGUGAGAUCGGAGAAUUGGGUUAGGCAGUAUCUCGGUCAGCAGUUUUACCUCCGUGUGUAUUCUCCGGCCAAUUCAUGGAGAGAUGAGUACCCCAUCCCGAAGAACGCACUGCUCUGCGGCCUGGCAUCAGGCCGCCGAACUAGACCACUCUGAUGCAUUUACGGCAGAGCACACAACAAGUUCUCAGAGAUCAGGGAAGCGCAGCAAGCAAGCAAACAAACAAAUCAAAGACUUGAAGUUGACUCACCAUCUCUAUUCAGCUUCUUGUUUUUUGUGUUUCAUUCAGACAAGCUUUACAUCUUUCU